UCUGACCGUGUUAAGAGCCUUUGAGAGCAAACUUCUCAAGCACGUCUACGGGCAGUGGGAUCAUCGGAAACUUGUGAGCGACCUGACUUUAUCAUGGAACCUGGGAACCUUGGUGCUGAGGACAAAGAGACGUUAAGCUGGGAUAUCAAUGAUAUGAAGCUGCCACAGAAUGUGAAAAAGACGGACUGGUUCCAGGAGUGGCCUGACGCCUACGAGAAGCACAUCUACAGCUCGGAGGACAGGAGCGCGCAGCGGCACCUGAGCAGCUGGGCCAUGCGCAACACCAACAACCACAACUCGCGCAUCCUCAAGAAGUCCUGCCUGGGCGUGGUGGUGUGCAGCCGCGACUGCUCGGCCGCCGAGGGCCGCAAGGUCUACCUGAGGCCCGCCAUCUGCGACAAAGCCCGGCAGAAGCAGCAGAGGAAGCGCUGUCCAAACUGUGAUGGUCCCCUGAAGCUCAUUCCCUGCCGGGGCCACGGGGGCUUUCCCGUCACCAACUUCUGGAGGCACGAUGGACGCUUCAUCUUUUUCCAGUCAAAGGGAGAGCAUGAUCAUCCGAAGCCAGAGACCAAAUUGGAAGCCGAGGCCAGAAGAGCAGUGAAGAAAACGCCCACAGCAUCUUCCUCCGCCUACUCCAAGCUGAAGCAGAGCCCGCAGAUAAAGCCUCUUCCAGGUGAAACGCCAAGCUGGGAAAGUUUAACUUGGUCCUUGCAGGAAGGCGUCCAGUUGCCUGAUAGUUACAGCGCACAUUUACUAGGUCAUGCUCCCCAGCAGAAGGCGCCCGACGAUGGUGCAUCCUUCUCCGGGAGUUACGGUUUGGGGGGAAUCGCUGACCCAGCAGACCCCGCUUCCACCGUGGACCCCCCUCAGCUCCACGAGAAAUGCAGGUUGUCCGACAGUCGAGUCUCCAGCAGCGAAGACCUGCUUCAGCCCUCCGUCUCUGGGGUCUUUGGUUACAGUGAUCUGCAAACGUGGAACAAGAAUAUGGCCUUGGGGAGGAAUGCUCUGAAUGACAGCGGUGGUCCCAAUUACUUUUUACCUCUGACCAGCUGGCCUUAUGACUGCCCCCCUUCCCAGAACCCUUCAGAACCCUUUUUCCAGCAGAUUCCAUUGGAACCACCAGCAGCCAAAAUGAGCUGCCACUCACUCUGGCCAAAUCAAGAGGGUGAUCUUUAUGAAGAGAAGGUGCGUGUGGAUUUUAACAACUACUGCUCUCCCCCCACGUGCUAUUCACCUCAGGAAGACCCCUUUCUCCUCCCCUACACCUCUCAGCCUCAUCAAUAUUCUCUGCCCAGCAAGAGCAACAAAUGGGAUUUUGACGAAGAGAUGAGGUACCUGGGUUUGGAUCAUUGCAACAAUGAAAUGCUUCUAAACCUCUGUCCUUUAAGAUGAUCCAAGUCUGAACGCUUGCACACUGCCGAGGGGGGUGUAAUUUGAUACAGCCAUUGUGGAAAACAGUAUGGAGGUUUCUCAAGAAAUUAAAAGUAGUGCCAUCGGAUCCUGCAGUCCCAUGUCUAGGUAUACAUCUGAAGGAAUGGGAGCGCUACCCCAAAGACAGAUCUUGCAUGUUCAUUGCAGCAUUAUUUUCAGAAGCCAAGGCAUGGAAACAACCUAAGUGUCCAUUG